AUGGACGCCAGCAUUAUCCUUCGCAAAUACAUCCUUGCAGAAGCUCUUCUUCACAUUGAGAUCUUUACCGAGCCCUUCGACCCGAUCCUGUGGAAAGCAUGGGUGAUCCGGAUGCACGUCCUGCUGGUCCUCAUGGUCCAAGCCCAGUCUGAGGCGGCCAGUGUGGGGAUCAUCCUACCCCGUCCGCGCAAUAUCCCUGUCCUGGCCCAAGUGGAAAUACACCUUGUGACAGCUCGCACUAUAGAAGGUGGUUGUCAGAUGAUACCUCAGAUUGCGGACCACCUUCCUGACAUCAUUCCUCGUAGUUUGACUGCCCGCGUUUUGUAUGACGACCCCACUGUCCACAAGAACUUUGGUUUGGGCCAUCCGCCGGAUGGUCUCCCUGACAUUGGAACCUUGAGCCUUCGGGUUGAGACAUUGCGCAAUGCGGCCUGCGAACUGUACGAUGUCAUGCGCGGAAUUACCAGUAGACACGAUGUCACACACCAAAAGUGUUUGGCUUGUGAACACGUAACCACCGGUGAAGCGCUCGACGAGGAAGUCACAUGA